CUCUUGUUUUCUCCUUCCUCUCUCAUCUGCCUGUCCCGAAUCUUUCCUCUACGGAGAUUUUGGGGAAAUUCACUUCCCCUUCACCAAGAUAACAAACCCAGAAUGUGGUUUCCUACCCAUGAGAGGUUGUGGUAACUCAAGUUCACAUAAAGAGGUCCAAUUAGGAAACAAAAGAUGGUUCCAAAUUGGAAAUAUGUCCCAGAAGGAUCACGAGUAUGAACUCAUCGUUCAUGAUUUGAAAUUUCGAGAGCUCUUGGAUUCCAAAACUUGCAGUGUUUUCGACUAUCAAGUCCCUGUUCCUCCGGAGUCUCCUCCCCUGUUUUUCUCCUUCCUAAACCUUCCCCUGUUGAGAUGCAGCGGAACUCCGUACGAGUACAGGAACGUCUCCCAUCAUAGCUGUUCUGACUACUACAUCUUCUUUUCACCUCUCAACAUAGCUGGCGAUAAGCCUAUCCCUUCAAAUGCAUGUUCUACUAUACAGCUUCCACUAAAUCCGCAAUCUCUUGACCUUGACUCCAAACCCAGAGACCCACUUGAACUAUUAACUGCUGAAAUCCACAUAGAAGUACGACUAUCAAAGUCUUGUAUUGAAUGUCAUUAUUUCAGAGGAGGCCAAUGUCUAGCUGAUGGAAAAUGCAGUGCCAAGGAGCACAAGGGCAUGGAUUCCAAGGCUUUAAUAACUGGUGUAGCUAUCGGAAGUGCAGGACUUACUAUAAUUGGCUUGUUUAUUAUUCUACUGGUAAAGGGGCAAGGAUAUCGCUGUUCAGGUUUUGUGAACCAAUCAAGUACCGUUUAUUUUGACAUGCAUCCAUGUACAAACCCAGAAUGUGUAACUGUUGAUGUUGGAGUGCCUAUCUUCGACUAUGAGGAGCUGGAAAAAGCAACUAACAAUUUUGAUCCAUCCCAAGAACUUGGACGCGGAGGUUUUGGAAUUGUUUCCUAUGGGACGGGAAGUUGCUGUGAAGCGCCUAUAUGACCACAAGCGAGACAGCAAGCGUGUCAAACAAUUCAUGAAUGAAAUUCAAGUCUUCGCAAGCCUACGUCAUAGAAAUCUUGUGUCUCUAUAUGGAUGCACUUCACCUAACAGCUGCGGACUAUU